AUGCAAACAGAGCACAUCAAGCGCUACGCGCCAGCAGCGCGGACUGAAUUCAUCGCGGCGAUGAGCAAACAAGCGGCUAAAUACGGUAUCAGCGAGAAAGAAGUUCUACCAAUUGAAAUCAGGGGCGACGUGGUCCUGGUUGGCGAUCGACCAUUUCCCGCCUCAAUCGUCAGGUCUCGCGAUGCAUUAGUGCAAAAAGUGGGGCAGCUAGGUUUCCACCAAGCCAUGGAACAGGCCGCCUACUGUUGGUUCAACAGAUUAUGUGCCAUCCGCUAUAUGGAGCUUGCAGAUUACCUGGGGCAUGGGCGUCGAGUCCUCAGUCAUCCAGAUCAGGAUAAUGGUUUCCAGAUCCUUGAAGACUGCCUGGAUAUCGAUCUACCUGGCCUGGACCAACAGAAGGUCCGUGAGCUCAAGCUGGAUGGCACCAAAGAUGAAGAACUCUAUCGCGAGCUCUUGCUAGGCCAGUGUCAUGCGCUGCAUCAGGCCAUGCCUUUCCUCUUUGAGCCUGUUGAUGACGCAACUGAACUCUUGUUACCCGAGAACCUCACUAAAACUGCCUCCCUAAUCAAAGAGCUGGUCACUGCCAUCCCCGAAGACAACUGGGCCAAUAUCGAGAUCAUCGGCUGGCUCUACCAGUUCUACAUCUCGGAGAAGAAGGACCAAGUCAUUGGCAAGGUGGUGAAGUCGGAAGACAUUCCGGCGGCGACCCAGCUCUUCACGCCCAACUGGAUCGUGAAGUACAUGGUCCAGAACUCGCUGGGGGCGCAGUGGCUGGCGACCUAUCCCCAAUCGCCGCUCAAAGGGCAGAUGGAUUACUACAUUGAGCCCGCCGAGCAGACCGACGAGGUCAACACGCAGCUCGCGGCCAUCACGCCCAGCCAGCUCAACCCCGAGGAGCUGACCCUCAUCGACCCGGCCAGUGGCUCUGGGCACAUCCUGGUGGAGGCCUAUGAGGUCUUCAAGGCCAUUUACCUGGAGCGCGGUUAUCGCCAACGAGACGUCGCGCAGCUGAUCCUCGAGAAGAACCUCUUCGGCCUCGACAUCGACGAGCGGGCGGCGCAGCUGACGGGCUUUGCGCUGAUGAUGAAGGGGCGGGCGGAUGAACGGCGGCUGUUUGAGCGGGGCGUGAAGCUCAAUGUGAUGGCGCUGGUGGACAGUGCGGGGUUCGAUGCGGAGGCGCUGGCGAAGGGGGUGGAGCUUUCGGACUACAAUUUGCGUCCGGGGGACCUCACGGAGUUGAAGCGGCUGUUCGAGCACGCGACGCCCUUUGGGUCAUUGAUUCAGGUGCCGGAUGGAUUGGCCGAGAAGCUGCCGGCGCUGAAGCAGCUGAGCGAGGCGAGUAGUCAGGACCUCUUUGUGUCGGAGGCGCUCAAGCGCUUGGGGCCGCUGGUGCAGCAGGCCGAGCUGCUGGCUGCGCAGUACGACGCGGUGGUGGCCAAUCCGCCGUAUAUGGGGAGCGGUGGAAUGAAUGCUCUGCUGAAGAAGUUCGUCAAGGACUACUUCCCAGAUGCCAAGAGCGACAUGUUCGCCUGUUUCAUCGAACGUGGCUACACGUUUGCGAAGGAGGCUGGCUACGACGCGAUGGUCACCAUGCAGAGUUGGAUGUUCCUCUCGAGCUUCCAGAAGAUGCGGGAGCGGCUGCUGCGGGAGAAGAGUAUCAAUACGAUGGCGCAUCUUGGUGCACGGGCCUUCGGUUCUAUCUCCGGCGAAGUUGUUCAGACGACAGUGUUCUCGCUCCGCAACCGACACCCGCACCGAUUCAAACCUGCUUUCUUCCGGCUCUUGGACGGUGGUGAGGAAGUAAAGCGUUUGGCGCUUACCCGUGGCGAGUGCAGAUACGACUCAUUUACCCAAGGUGAUUUCAAGAAGAUUCCGGGAAGUAACAAGUCACUCGGUGAGGUUGUCGAAGCCAAGCAAGGAAUUGCGACAGCAGACAACGGGCGCUUUCUCAGAUCGUGGUCGGAGGUCAGUCAAAGCAACAUUGGCAUGGGGAUUUCCUCACACGCGGAGGCGGAGGAUUCGAGACGAAGAUGGUUUCCGUACAACAAGGGAGGCGGCUUCCGGAAGUGGUACGGAAAUCAAGAGCACGUCGUCAAUUGGGAAGGCAAUGGGCGCGAGCUGAGAGCGUUUUCUGGUUCGGUGGUCAGGAAUCCUGACUAUCAAUUUAGGGCCUCCAUUUCGUGGUCAGAUGUGACCUCGUCCACGAACGCCUUUCGGUUGUACCCGACAGGGUUCCUUUUCGAUUCAACUGGCCACUCAGCAUUUCCGGGCAACUCCGCGACAGCUGAGCGAUUGCUGUGUCUGUGCAACAACCACUUCACGCAACUCGCUGCGCGUAUUCUGAAUCCUACGAUGCAUUUUCACGUCGGUUACUUCAAUGACUUGCCUGCGGGAUUUCACUCCUUGGAGGUGGCUCAAGAAAUUGCUGAGCCGCUCAUUCAGGGGCAUCGCAACGACUGGAACGCCUAUGAACACUCCUGGGACUUCCAAUCCCUCCCUAUCUUGACGGCAUCCACCGAGCCCACGCCCACCCUCGAAUCCAGCUACACCGCUUGGAUCACCCAGAACAAGGACACCAUCGCCGAGAUGAAGUGCCUCGAAGAGGAGAACAACCGCCUCUUCAUCGAUGCCUACGGUCUGCAGGACGAGCUCACCCCCGACGUCCCCAUCGAGCAAAUCACCCUCACGGUGAACCCCGCCUACCGCUACGGCGGCAAGCUCACCGAAGAGGAGCAGUGGACCCGCUUCCGUCAGGACACCAUGGAGGAGCUGGUCUCCUACGCCAUCGGCUGCAUGAUGGGCCGCUACAGCCUGGACGCCCCGGGCCUUAUCUACGCCCACAGCGGCAACGAGGGCUUCGACCCCAGCUGCUACCCCACCUUCCCGGCCGACGACGACGGCAUCGUCCCCCUUACGGAUACGGAUUGGUUUGAAGAUGAUGCAGCGCAUCGAGUGGAGAAAUUUGUUUCAGUAGCGUGGAAUAAGUCUCAUUUGGAAGAAAACCUACAGUUCCUGGCUGAUAACUUGUCUCCCAAACGUGGUGAAAGUAGCCGCGACACCAUCCGCCGUUACCUGUGCGACAAGUUCUAUAAAGACCACAUGCAGACCUAUAAGAAGAGGCCCAUCUACUGGCUCUUCUCGAGCGGCAAACAGAAGGCCUUCCAGUGCCUGGUCUACCUGCACCGCUACAACGAAGGUACUCUGGCGCGCAUGCGCACCGAAUACGUUAUCCCACUGACCGCUAAACUCGCCAGUCACGUGGAGAAGCUAGAGAAGGACAAAGACGCCAGCGGCACCACCGCUGAAAUCAAACGCCUGGAAAAGCAGAUCGACAAAUUGCACAAGCAGCAAGCCGAACUAAGCGCAUUUGAUGAAAAGCUCCGCCACCAUGCGGACCAGCGCAUCAGCCUGGAUCUCGAUGAUGGGGUGAAGGUCAACUAUGGCAAGUUCGGUGAUCUCUUGAGCGAUGUGAAGGCGAUAACAGGCAAGAACCCAGCAUCACUUGCGUUUUGA